UUUCAAUUUUGUUCACAUUAUCUUAAUUAUUUAUUAGGGUCAUAUAGAGAGAUAAUCAUGAUGAUGAGCUUGAAGAAGAGCCCUCAAAUUCAUGAGAAAGAGAAAGGAGCAUUAUCCCCAUUAUCAUCAUCAUCAUCCAAGGCAAGUUCUUCAAUAAGGGACAAUAGUGGUAAUAAUAAGAAUAAUAAUAAAAAGAAGUAUGUAGAGCCACCAAGCCCUGCUUUACCUUCUGGUUGUUGCCGAGGAUUCACCAAUAAUAAUAAUGUCAAGAUCAAGAAUAAUGCUACUUCUACUACUAAUAAUAAUGGAUCCAUAUCGUCAACCUCACAACAAAAUCACCAACAACUGCUUUACCAAAGACUCCAAUCUAAGGUGGCAGAUUUAGAAAAGGAAGUGCAAAAGCAAGCAGAACUAAGAGUAAUGUACAGGAAAAGAAUGGAAAGAACACAAGACUACUUGAGAUAUUGCCUUCAAAUAGCACAAGACAAUGGAAUAUUGGACCUUAUUGUUAAACAACCUCCUCUCUCUCAUGCUCUAAGCUCAUCCUCCAUUAUUGCAAGCCCUCAAGUUCAAAUCCCCACUACUACUACUACUACUCAUCUUGCUCAGAUCAUAGAUCAAGCCAAAAUCAAUGGAUGGUACAUUGAUCCUAUUGAGAUUGAGUUGGAAGAGAAAAUUGGGGAAGGAAGCACCGCAGACAUAUACAAGGGAAGAUGGCGAGGAUUUCAAGUGGCAGUGAAGUGCAUAUCGGCAGAGUUCUUCCGCACAAACCAAAACGGCGUCGUUUGCUUCGUUCAAGAGCUCGAAACCCUCUCCAAACAACGCCAUAGAUUUGUUCUUCAGCUAAUGGGUGCGUGCUUGGACCCUCCCCAACACGCGUGGAUUGUAACCGAAUACUUAACCACCAAUCUAAAAGAGUAUCUACAUGGCCCUGCCAAUACAAGAAGCAAACACAGAGCGGUGCCACUCUCACCCUUUAGAGACAGGCUUCUCAUGGCAUUGGAGAUUUCACAAGCUAUGCAAUAUUUGCAUCACCACAACCCUAAGAUUAUUCAUCGUGAUCUCAAACCGUCUAAUAUUUUUUUAGACGAUGCCUUGCAUGUUAGGGUUGCGGAUUUCGGCCAUGCUCGAUUCUUAGGCGAUCAGGAGAUGGCUCUCACUGGAGAAACAGGAACAUAUGUGUACAUGGCACCAGAGGUGAUCCGAUGUGAACCUUACAAUGAAAAAUGUGAUGUAUACAGUUUUGGAAUCAUACUGAAUGAGCUUCUAACUGGAAAACAUCCAUACAUUGAGACAGAAUAUGGUCCCACCAAGAUUGCAAUGGAAGUUGUGGAGGGUAAGCUGAGGCCAAUGCUUCCAUGUGAUGAUGAUGCUAACCUAAUGGAAGAGCUAAUUGACCUUAUUAACCUUUGCUGGGAUGCAAACCCAUCAACAAGACCAUCUUUUGCAGCUAUCACACGUACCCUUGAAAUUUAUGUGAACAAGCUCUAUCAAACUAUAUCAACUCCUUAAUUAAUUAAUUAAUUAAUUAACUAUUCCUUAUUAUUAUUAGGUACUUAAUAAGUGCACAUUGAUGAUGUAAUAAUAAUUCACUAGAAAACCAAUAACUUACACACUUUGAAAGAGGAUUUGAGGGUAUAGAGAAAGUGAUUUGAGAAUAAGAAUUUCCCUUAGCGAGAUGGAAAUAUCACCCCAUCAAAAGCAGAAAAUAGCGACGGUUUAUUUGUGGCAGUUGUAAAAACCGCUGCAAUAUUUAGGGUUUUUUUUUUCCUUUUAAAAUGUAACAGGGCCUCAUAAUUUCAUCAAUAUGGACUUGUGGAAUCUCAUUUCAGUGCUAAAUUGAAAUUUUGGUUUACACGUUUGCGCCAAAUAAAAAUAUUCCUAAAUUUGGUAAUCACAUUUUCGUUAGUAAAAUAGAUUACUACGAAAAUGGCCUAAUGAAACCAACCAAAAUCAAUCAGAAGUAACUAUUGGGGCAUGACCUUUUUAUAUUUUUACUAUUUGUUUUUUUUUUUUUAAUAUUGGGCAGAUAUUUUACUUUACCCUAAAAGAUCUAUAUUUUAUGGUUUAUUAUAAUUUACCAAUUCCUGAAAGAGUAGACAAAAUGAACAGCCAGAACUUGUCUUAUUUAGUAUUAAUUAAUUGUCACAACAAUUAAUAAAUGCUAAAUAAGGCAAGUUAUGAUUGUUUUUGGCUGGUUUUCUUUGGUUACUAAACAUUUCCGAUAAAUAAUUUGGUUG